GUUUUGAUAAGUGCCUCUUGCGCAUGCGCACACGUUGCUUCUGCUUUUGCUGACUCUGGUUCCGGAUGAGCAGAUUCGCCUCGAACCAAACUACACAAAUGGUACUUUUAAGGAGCUGACACAGAAGAGAGUCGACCAUGUUCCUCCAAGGCCGGUGCACCUCGGUGUUCACCUUCCAGUCAGCCGUGCAUAGCGCUCGCCUGUUGCACUGUCUGGACGAGCAGAGGAGGCGGGACAUCCUGUGCGACCUGACCGUGGUGGUGGAGGACCGCAGCUUCCGGGCCCACUCGUGCGUCCUGGCGUCCUGCAGCGACUACUUCCAGGGCUGCGUGGCUGGCGACGCCAAGCUUAGUGCCGUGGUCGCCCUGCCUCUGGAGGUGACGGUGCAUGGCUUCGAACCCCUGCUGCAGUUUGCCUACACGUCCACGUUGCUCUUCACCCAAGAAAACAUCCAGGCUGUUCAAAGCUGCGCAAAAUUUCUGGGAUUUCGCAACCUGGAGUCGGCAUGCUUCGAUUUCCUCAUCCCGAAGUUUUCCGAGCCGAAGUCGCAAGAGGGCAAACAGAGAGUCAGCUGUCGGAAGUCGCAAUCCGACUUCGCACCUCUGUACCCCGCAGGUCCGACCCGUGGCAGAGAAGAUGACUUCUGUUUGGAGUCCUGCGGCCCUUCGAUUCCCUCCUUACCUCUGGAGUUGUCUGCUAGUCCUGUUUGUCCCAUGUUGUCUUUGCCUGACCCGGACUCAGCAGAUCCUCAUUCUCAGAUGUGUUUGGCCGUGGAAGACGUCUGCAGUCAAAACCAGUUAAGUCUGAGCGACUGCGGGUUGCCAUGUCAGGCCAUGGAUCCUCAAGACCUGAUGGAGCCAGUAGUUGAAGACGCCGUGAAAAGUCUCAGCAUGAACCCGGACCGCGGCCUCGUUUCUUGUCCUCUCAACUCAGACGCGUGCACUCAUUUGUUAGAAGGAAACCAGUCGGACAAAGACCAGGGAUUCCCAGAGAGGAGCAGAGAGGAGAGGGAAGUGGCCGAACAUCUGGCCAAGGGGUUUUGGUCUGACUUGUGCCAGUCUCAGUCUCAGACUCUUCCCUCUUUAGACUCUGUGGACCAAAGCAAUCCGGACAAAGCCUCGGAAUUUCAUUGGCUGAAACAGCUGGACCUCAGCUCCAAUCCGUCGGACUGUCCCUUCCUCCGGGAACUUGGCACAGGUGACGACCCGCACUCCCGCACCGACACGCUGUCGCAGUCAGAGAAGAGCCCGUGCGUGUCCUCCCUCCACUCGGGCGAGGAGUCCGACGUGGACACAGAUGGAGAUACAGAAGCGAACAACAGGAGAGCUGCAGAGAUUCAGCUUCCAUUCCCGGUGGAGCACAUCUCGGCGCUGAGCCGCAGUGCCUUCCAGCAGCUUCUCAAGCACAAUCACAUGACCCCGGAGCAACUGGAGUUUGUCCACGACAUCCGUCGGCGCUGUAAGAACCGCGCGGCGGCGCAGCGGUGCAGGAAGAGGAAGAUGGAAAGCAUACACCAGCUAGAUGGGGAAAUCAAAAUUUUAAAAUGUGAGAAAGAGAAGCUUCUUCAGGAGCGAGCGGACCUGGAGCAGAACCUGGAGGAGAGCCGUCAGAGUCUGUGCAGCUUGUGCAAAAGCCUGGAGUUGACUCCGGACCAGGACCACCUGCAGGUCCUGGCCAAGCUCUCCGCUCCGGAUGUCCCCACCUGGCCGCAGCGUGCCCAUGACCAGAAGUAAGUGGCUCUUAGCAGGAUGGACAUUAAAAAGGUUGUCAUGCUGUCCAGAGACUUCCAUCCCAACUUCUUGCUUCUGCUGUACCUUGAAUCAACAGCAACAUGUACAGUAUGUUCCCUCUCAGGGUCAUGACCAAUAAUUGUUGCAUUUCUCAGGGAAAAUUGUUCCGCUUGUCUUGUCCAGCACUGUAUUAUUGCAUCACCAAAUUAGCACUAACCAGGGAUGGAACGGUUCAUGAAACCAAAUCGGAACCUGACUUCAGAUCGUGUUUUUUUAAUGUUUUAAGAUUCUAUGAGGAGCGUGUUUUUGUGAAGUUCCGAUCAUGCGCACUGCCCGACGUGACAGACGACAGGCGGGAGUAGUGAAGCGUCCAUGGCGUUGUGACUUCUGAAUUAUUGUCUCCUGCCGUCCCGACUGAAGUUACGGAUCACAAGUAUUGAAAUGGUUUUUUUUUUGUACAUGUCAAACAUUGUCGAAAUGAUGUCAAGGGGUUGGUUGAUAUGGUAAAUGGGUUACACUUGUAUAGCGCUUUUCUACCUUCAGGGUACUCAAAGCGCUUGGACACUAUUUCCACAUUCACCCAUUUACUCUCACAUUCACACACUGAUGGAGGGAGCUGCCAUGCAAGGCGCUAACCACGACCCACCAGGAGCAAGGGUGAAGUGUCUUGCUCAAGGACACAACGGACGUGACGAGGUUGGUAGAAGGUGGGGAUUGAACCAGGAACCCUCAGGUUGCUGGCACGGCCACUCUCCCAACAGCGCCAUGCCGUCCCCAAUCAUUGAUCAACAAUCAUUUACCGUCAAUUUCGGUUUGUAAGAGGCACAUUUUUUCUCUACACUUUGAGCUCUGCGGCUCAGUAAACGGUGCGGCUAAUUUAUGCGAAUAGUAAAAAAAAACAGAAAACAAGCAACUACAUUGAAAAUUAGAGUGUCUGCCCUAAGAUCGGUAGCUUGUGAGUUCAAAACCCUGGCCGAGUCAUACCAAAGACUAUUAAAAAAAAAUGGGACCCAUUGCCUCCCUGCUUGGCACUCAGCAUCAAGGGUUGGAAUUGGGAGUUAAAUCUACAAAAAUGAUUCCCAGUAAAUUUGGUACACACUAUAGUAUAUACAAUCAAAUUUGGUUCACCGUAGAAUAUAAACCAUCAAAUUUAGUACACACUUCAGUAUAUACCAUCACAUUGGUUUCACACUACAGCAGUGGUUCUCAAUCUUUUUUCAGUGAUGUACCCCUAUGAACAUUUUUUUUAAUUCAAGUACCCCCUAAUCAGCGCAAAGCAUUUUUGGUUGAAAAAAAAAGAUGAAGAAGUAAAUACAGCACUAUGUCAUCACUUUCUGAUUUAUUAAAUUGUAUAACAGUGCAAAAUAUUGCUCAUUUCUAGUGUUCUUUCUUAAACUAUUUUGAAAAAAAGAUAUACAAAUAACUACAAACUUGUUGAAAAAUAAACAACUGAUUCAAUUAUAAAUAAAGAUUUCUACACAUAGAAGUAAUCAUCAACUUAAAGUACCCUCUUUGGGGAUUGUAAUAGAGUUCCAUCUGGAUUCAUCAACUUCAUUCUAAACAUUUCUUCACAAAAAAAUUAAUCUUUAACAUCAAUAUUUAUGGAACAUGUCCAAAAAAAAUCUAGCUGUCAACACUGAAUAUUGUAUUGUAUUUCUUUUCACAGUUUAUGAUUGUUUAAUUGUUGCUAUUUUUAGAAUAUUAAAAAAAAUCUCAUGUAACCCUUGGCAUACCUUCAAGUACCCCCAGGGGUAUGCGUACCCCCAUUUUAGAACCACUGCACUACAGUAUAUACCAUCACAUUUGGUACACACUACAGUAUAAACCAUUAAAUUGAGUAUACACUUCAGUAUAUACCAUCAAAUUUGGUGCACACUACAAUAUAUACCAUCAAAUUUGGUAUGCAGUACAGUAUAUACCAUCAAAUUUGGUAUACACUACAGUAUCAUCAAAUUUGGUAUACACUACAGUAUAUACUGUACCAUCAACCUGUCGGGGACCGCAUUACAAAACCCAAACCAAUGAAGUUGGUACGUUGUGUAAAUCGUAAAUAAAACAGAAUACAAGGAUUUGCAAAUAAUGUUCGGACUGGUAAACUGGUAAAAAAUUGUUAUUUUUUCACAAAUAUCAGCUCAUUUGGAAUUUGGUGCCUGCAAAACGUUUCAAAAAAGCUGACACAAGUGGCAAAAAAGACUGAAAGAAAGUUGAGGAAUGCUCAUCAAACACUUAUUUGGAACAUCCCUCAGGUGUGCAGGCUAUUUAGGAAAAGGUGGGUGCCAUGAUUGGGUAUAAAAGCAGCUUCCAUGAAAUGCUCUGUCAUUCACAAACAAAGAUGGGGCAAGGGUCACCUCUUUGUCAACAAAUGCCUGAGCAAAUUGUUUAAGAACAACAUUUCGCAAUUAGCUAUUGCAAGGAAUUUAGGGAUUUUACCAUCUGCGGUCCCUUAAUAUCAUCAAAAUGUUCAGAGAAUCUGGAGAAAUCACUGCAUGUGAGUGGCAAGGCCAAAAACUAACAUUGAUUGCCCGUGACCUUCGAUCCCUCGGGCGGUACUUCAUCAAAAAGCAACAUCGAUGGGUGAAAGAUAUUACCACAUGGUCUCAGGAACACUUAAAAGAAAACUAUCAGUAACUACAGUUCGUCGCUACAUCGGAAAGUCCAAGUUAAAACUCUGCUAUGCAAAGCCAAAGCCAUUUAUCAACAACACCCAGAAACGCUUCGCUGAGCCCAAGCUCAUCAAAGAUGGACUGAUGCAAAGUGAAAAAGUGUUCUGUGGUCUGACGAGUACGAGUUCCUUUCAAAUUCUUUCUGGAAACUGUGGACGUUGUGUCCUCCGGACCAAAGAGGAAAUUAACUAUCCGGAUUGUUCUAGGCCAGGGGUCGGCAACCCGCGGCUACGGAGCCGCAUGCGGCUCUUUGAUCACUCUUUGGUGUGGCUCAGCUGCUAAAUUCCGGGAGGUUUCUGGAUUUUAGUGCUUCUCUCAGAAAUCACCCGGGGAUAAAAUUCUACAAUUUUCACCUGGACUUCAAUAUUGAGGGUGUGCAGUGAUGGCAGUGCCAUUAACCCCCUCUACAACAUGUCGUCGUGCCCGCUUUUACGCCAUGCGAUCUGCGUGCCAACUGGUCACAUUUUACAUUCAGCCUCUGUUAACACACGAGAGUGACUGCAACGCAUACUUAGUCAACAGCCAUACAGGUUAUACUGAGGGUUGUAAUAUAAACAACUUUAACACUCUUACUAAUAUUUGGUGUGGGUUCACAGUGUGGCGCAUAUUAGUAACAGUGUUAAAGUUGUUUAAACAGGCACUCUCAGUGUGACCUGUAUGGCUGUUAAACAAGUAUGCCUUGCAAUCGUUUGCAUGUAUCUGCAGAAGCCUCAUACGACAUGUGACUGGGCUGGCAAGCUGAUUGAACGUGUUGUAGAGGGCGCCAAAGGCAGCGCCUUCAUAGGACGCCCAUGUAAUUGUUGUUCGAGGGAAAUCCAGUAAACAUUCGCGAAAAUAGGUGAUCGGACAUUUGGUAGUCUCACGGAAUAUUCAGGAGGGUUUGCAAGUGUGAUGCUGUCAAGCGGCAUUCAUAUAAAACUCGUGGGCCCCACUAUCGUUACAUUUUCAUAUUAAGGUGCGGGCCGCGCGUCUGAGACCCCUGGUUUAUACAUAGCACAAAGUAAAAGAAACUCUGUAUGCAGUGUUAUUUCAUUUUAAAUUUCUAAAGAGUUUUGUGGCUUCCAUUGUUUUCUUUAUUUUGUGAAACGGGUCAAAAUGGCUAUUUGAGUGGUAAAGGUUGCCGACCCCUGUUCUAGGCACAAAGUUGAAAAGCCAGCAUCUGUGACAGUAUGGGGGUGUAUUAGUGCCCAAGGCAUGGGUAACUUACACAUCUGUGAAGGCACCAUUAAUGCUGAAUGGUCCAUACAGGUUUUGGAGCAACAUACAGUAUGUUGUCAUCCAAGCAACGUCUUUCUCAUGGACGCCCCUGCUUAUUUCAGCAAGACAAUGCCAAGCCUUGUGUGGCUUCAUAGUAAAAGAGUGCGGGUUCUAGACUAGCCUGCCUGUGGUCCAGACCUGUCUCCCGUUGAAAAUAUGUGGUGCAAUGUGAAGCCUAAAAUACGACAACGAAAACCCCAGACUGUUGAACAACUUAAGCUGUACAUCAAGCAAGAAUGGGAAAGAAUUCCACUUCAAAAAUGUGUCUCCUCAGUUCCCAAACGUUUACUAAGUGUUUUUAAAAGGAAAGGCCAUGUAACACAGUGGUAAAAAUGCCCCUCUGACAACAUUUUUGCAAUGUGUUGCUGACAAUAAAUUCUAAGUUCAUGAUUAUUUGCAAAAAAAAAAAAAAAGAAGUUUCCCAGUGUGAACAUUACAUAUAUUGUCUUUGCAGUCUAUUCAAUUGAAUAUAAGUUGAAAAGGAUUUGCAAAUCAUUGUAUUCUCUUUUUAUUUACCAUUUACACAACGUGACAACUUCAGUGGUUUUGGCUUUUGUAAAACAGCUACUAAAACCCGCUUAUUGGUGUGUUUAGCUGAACAGGCCAGAGAAAAAGGGUCGUUUAUAAAUGAUUGGAUGUUUCUCUGACACCACUAAUGUAUACCAUGCUGGAAUCCUCAUGAUUUCAGCCUUUCAGAGCUCUUCUUGGACCACCGACGUUUUGACUUAUUUUUCACAUCCUGGUUACGGUCCUGUCGGCAAUGGUUAGAUUUAUAUCUGUUAUAUUCUCCGGUGUUAAAAAUAACCAACCUGAAAACCACAACUAAAUAGGCUCGCAAUUGGAUUUUGUGAACUGUUCCAGCCUUACUAACACCAACUGAACCUUUUGCUAUGUAAGAAUCUCUGCCACCAUGCAAUAAUAUCACAAUAGAAGCAAAAUGUGCCUGGAAAUUGAACAAAGACUGAUUUCUCCUACUUGUGAAGCACUGUUGCACAUGAACCCAGAGCCCUUAUUGGUAUCAAUGCUACUUGCAAAUCUAUUUUCACUGUAAUAAAGAGAAUUUUGCAUAGA